AUGCCCAAGAUCUGCUGCUCUCGCUCCGACACACAAGUUGUAGUAGGACAAAAAUCUCAAUCGGGUAAAGGAAAAAACAAUGAAGGAGGAAUCAAGUAUGGGUUUAGUUUAGUAAAAGGGAAAUCUAAUCAUUCAAUGGAGGAUUAUCAUGUUGCUAAGUUUAUCAACAUCAAAGGCAAUGAACUAGGGCUAUUUGCAAUCUUUGAUGGUCAUAAAGGUGAUGAAAUAGCUGCGUAUUUGCAGAAACAUCUCUUCUCGAAUAUCCUAAAUGAUGGAGAGUUUUUGGUUGAUCCUCGAAGAACAAUUGCGAAAGCUUAUGAGAAUACAGACCAAACGAUUCUAUCUGGUAAUAGUUCGGAGUUAGGGAGUGGCGGUUCAACUGCAGUGACUGCAAUUUUGAUCAACGGGAAAAUUCUGUGGAUAGCUAAUGUCGGCGACUCGCGAGCAAUUGUGUCUCGUCGAGGUAAAGCAAGACAGAUAAGUGUUGAUCAUGAUCCUGAUGACGAUACUGAAAGGAACAUGAUUGAGAGUAAAGGUGGAUUUGUAACCAACAGGCCAGGAGAUGUUGCUCGAGUGAAUGGUUUGUUAGCUGUGUCGCGUGUCUUUGGUGAUAAAAACCUCAAACGAUACUUGAAUACAGAGCCUGAGAUUAAGGAUGUCUCAAUUGAUAGUCACACAGAUAUUCUCAUUCUCGCUAGUGACGGUAUUUCGAAGGUGAUGUCAAACCAAGAAGCAGUUGACAUAGCUAAGAAGUUGAAAGAUCCAAAAGAAGCGGCGAAACAACUAAUUGCUGAAGCAUUGAAAAGAAACAGCAAAGAUGACAUAUCUUGCAUUGUUGUCCGGUUUAGAUGA